GCAAGGUAAAUGUAAGCAACUUAGCUCCAAGUCAUUUACAAGUUGUUUAAAUUUCAUUUUUCAUUAUCACAUUUUAUUCCUGAUAGCCACCAUGGGUUCACUCCCCGCCAUCAUCACACCCGCUCUCCUUUCUUCGAUCCGCAACCCUCCAAAUCUGCCAAGACACACCUGGUACUUUAUUGCAGCCACAACGCUUUGCCAAUUAAACCGACCCGAUGAGAUCUCCAAAGUCUAUCAACACGCCUUACGGCACGACUCAGACGAUAAUACUCCGAGCCAUGAUGAGAAGUUACGUGUCUCUCGCCGGAUGCGUGAAGCCCUCAUCAAAGCUGCCGCAGUCGGUGGUGUUCCAAGGACAAUCAACGCGCUGCUCGAGCUCAAAAAGGUAACACCGGAAGACCAACUCGAUGAGCCUGGAGCCUCCUCUCCAACCGGGCGUCGCGCAGACAUUUACGACACGCCCGCCCCCCAGAUCAUGCAGCGCGGCCAAACUUUCUUUGAGGCUGUCUACGGCAAGAUUACGAAAAGAGUCAUGGGCCAAAUGGAUCGUUCCGGCACCGAGGACCUUGGGCUCGUGGCGCGCCUCAUGUAUGGCUAUGUCCUGAGCAACACCAGCGUGCUCAGCGCGGCCGAAACUUCCUUCGUCAUGAUCGCCGGCUUGAUACCCCAGGACGUGAACCCCCAGCUCAAGGGUCAUCUUAGGGGUGCCCUCAAUGGCGGUGCCACGGUUGAACAGGUGAAGGCUGUGCGCAAAGUGGUCCUUGAAAUAUGCAUAGCCUCCGGCAUGACAAUGCUGGACCAGAGCAGCCCCGGUGGAUUCGGGUGGAGAAGUGAGGUUGCUGACCUCUCGUAGCCGAAGGGCGUUGGCUCUGAACAACCGUCCCCUUGCCGAUCAAUCGUGAACCGAUAAUCGAGAAGACAUAAUCCAACAGGUAACUAACGAGCAUGGCAUGAUGAUUCUACUGCUUGCUGAAACCGAGUCAUGUCCCCUCCGUGUGUCCCCAACACACCCCCCGGUGACCAGGUUCAGCCGGCAUCUGGCAGGAGUUCCCAUGGGUUUCGAGCUCGCUUCUCCAUCGGGGCAAGCUCUGUGGUCAAUA